UCUCCAUACACCCCAGACAUUACAGCACAGGCAGUCUCUGUGCUAUCAUCCCACACUCCUUAAUCCCUGCCCUGGGGUUGGCAGCACAAUCUCUUCGGAACCUGGAGUGCAAGUCAUUUUUUUUAUUCUAAAAUAAAGACAGACAAGUAAGAAGAGAGAAGUUGGGUCUCACCUUGUCCUUAACUCCUCCUGUCCAGAUACUCAUAUUUGGUACUGCUAUUUCUUUUCAGUAAUGACCUAGAAUUUGGAGAUUCUACAUUCCUAUCAAUUAUUCUCUUCUUGUUGAGCUCUACUGAAUGCCCUACAAUGAUGUUCCAAGUAGUUUGUGGAUCUGUUUCGCAGUGACGGAAUUGGGAGACAGUUUGUCUGGAGGGACUUGAAAUAAAUAUCUACUGAGGUUUUACUUUCUGGCUUGAAUCCUGGAUUGAAAUACUGCAACGUGGAUCAACGUAGAGCUAGAACAGGAUAAGCCUUAAAAGUCUCCAGCAAGAAUAUUGAUACUCAAUAUAAGACUAAGGUGGCAGCUGGAAAUUUUCUUGCCAGUAUGACCGAGAUUUGACUGCAUUUAGUUGAGAGUGUAAUAAGAUCCAUACUGCUGCCCCAAGAUGGCUACACUUUCUGAAUUUGUUACCGAGCCCAUUGGCAUGAUGUCUCAGACUUCUUCAGUGAGCGAGCACCAAUGCUACUACAAUGAAACUAUAACUUUUUUCUAUAACCGAAGUGGAAAACCUCUUGCCACAGAAUGGCACACUGUCAACAAGCUAGUGAUGGGACUUGGCAUCACUGUAUGUAUAUUCAUUAUGUUAGCCAACUUACUGGUUAUGGUGGCUAUUUAUGUAAAUCGACGUUUCCAUUUUCCUAUUUAUUACUUGAUGGCAAACUUGGCUGCUGCAGACUUUUUUGCAGGACUAGCUUACUUUUAUCUAAUGUUUAACACGGGUCCUAACACUAGAAGAUUGACUGUAAGCACAUGGCUUCUCCGACAGGGUCUGAUUGACACUAGCUUGACUGCUUCUGUAGCCAAUUUGCUUGCCAUCGCCAUUGAAAGGCACAUUACAGUAUUCAGAAUGCAGCUGCACACACGAAUGAGCAACAGAAGAGUGGUCGUGGUUAUAGUGGUUAUCUGGACUAUGGCUAUUGUGAUGGGGGCAAUACCAAGCGUUGGAUGGAAUUGUAUCUGCGACCUUGAGCACUGUUCCAACAUGGCUCCACUUUACAGUGAUUCUUACUUGGUCUUCUGGGCUAUUUUCAACUUGGUCACUUUCGUGGUUAUGGUAGUUCUCUACGCACAUAUAUUUGUAUAUGUCAGGCAAAGGACUAUGAGGAUGUCAAGGCACAGUUCUGGUCCCAGGAGAAACCGUGAUACUAUGAUGAGUCUUCUGAAAACCGUUGUCAUUGUUUUAGGAGCCUUUAUCAUUUGUUGGACUCCGGGGCUGGUUCUGUUAUUACUUGACGUGUGUUGUCCACAAUGUAAUAUUCUGGACUACGAGAAGUUUUUCCUACUACUAGCUGAAUUCAACUCUGCUAUGAAUCCUAUCAUAUACUCCUACCGAGACAAGGAAAUGAGUGCCACAUUCAAGCAGAUCCUGUGCUGCCAGAGAACGGAAAACACAAAUGGUCCCCAAGAGGGAUCUGACCGUUCCGCAUCCUCGCUUAACCAUACCAUUUUGGCUGGUGUGCACAGCAACGACCAUUCUGUUGUGUGAACUGGGACAAAGCAGGUCAUGUGCCAGGAACAUGUAGGCCGUAUUGGAGUCUGUGCCUCACUGCUGAAUGCUGCAGAGCCAGCAUAAGGACAGGAACACCUUUUAUUACUAUUCCUGAACUCAACAGGCUAACUCAGAACUAGAGAAAAUGUCAACUAUAACAAAUGAAUGUCUAAUGCUACACAAUAGCGGCUCAGCCACAUAGAACAUGUUUAUGAACUUACCACAUUUAAAACUGCCAUGUCUGUAGAAAAAUAGUUCAUUACAAAACAAAUAAUAAAAAAAAAAAAACAGUAUAAUCCAUGAAAUAAAACCAUCAGCAUGCCUGUGAUGGACACUGUUUUGGAGUGGUUUUGUUAACAUUUGUAUAGCUGCACUGCCUUAAAAGAAAAAAAAAGAAGAAAAUAGAUAUUUUUCUAAUAUAAACAAAAGCAUUGUGCUAGUUUUUGUGUGUAGUAUUUCUCUGUUUAUAUGAUGUUUUAUUUUAUAAAUAUAUAAUUUUGUUAUUUUAUUUUGUAGAUGAGGCAUUUGUAAGAAUUUAUAGAAAUGCACAAAGCCUGUCAUAACCUCUAGACAAAUAAAUAGGAUUCCAAGUAGUCGAGAGAACAUUUGUAAUGUGAACUGAUGUGAUCGUAGGGGCUGUGGAACAAUGAUUCCAAAUUAGGUAGGGAUGAUAUUUAUCAGUUUUUAGGUUUGUAAUGGUUUUUGAGGGACCAUACUACAUGGCUACCUGAUGAGUUAAAAAGGGCAAGAUAACUUAGAUCCUUCCCUUUGUAGUGCCAAACGUUUUGGCAUAGUGUAAGUAUUUUCUUGACGAAUAUAUGGAUUGUGCCUG